GAGGCACUAAUUACACAGCUAAAAAUUUAGCAAAAAACAAUACACCAAGCCAGAAAACUAGAAAACAAUCUCACCCACCAAACAUACUGAAAAAACAUACCGAUCCAGUCCUACUUCACAAUAUAUGCAAAGCAGAUGAAGUCAUUACAGAACUAGAACUAAUACGAAAAGAA